AUGGGCCUGGCGGCCAGGCACAAGUCCCUUUGCCAUACCGCUGCUACUGGAACACUCUUAGGUGCCAUCUCAUCACCACCGACAACUUCGCCAAUGAGUCCUCACCGGACCUCGCCACGCAGACACCACUUAUGCCACCAGGAGUCAUACUUGGAGCGCAUUUGUCAUAAUAAGGAUGAAACUAUACAUCAUCUGCAGCAAAGCCAAGAAGCUACCUUCAAUAAACUAACCGAACAGAUGAAGGAACGAGAGGCUAGCUGGAAAAAACAGAAGACAGACUUGGAGGAACAUUAUUCUGGACUCCUUGGGGAAGUUCAUUCAAGGGCACAGUCAUGCCAUCUUGGAGCAGAAGAAGCCAAAGAAAAAUUAUCCAGUCUGACAAAGGUCAAGGACAAGUUGACCCUUGAACUGUCUGUUACGAACAAACGAUUGUCUCAGACACAGAAAGAACAUGUUGCUUUGCUAGCAGCUUGUGCUCUUAUGGCUGGUGCAUUGUGCCCAUUAUACUGUAGAUCCCGUGAACUCUCUGUGCAGAAGGACAUCCUUCAAGAGCAAGUACAUACCUGUGAAUAUUUCAAAAAUGAAAUCAGGACUGUUGUCCAGGUUCUUUCUCUGGAAAGUAAUCCAAGCAAGUUGAAGAAAAAAAAACCUCAAAAAGGAUUGAUACAAGUUUUCAGAAAAAGUGUUAUAGCAAUCUUAGCGGCCAACAGACUUCAAGCCUUGGGUCUUGGAUAUAAGCCUCUAUUUACUUGGACUGAAGGCUUUAAUAAUAAACCAAGACUUGCAAUUUGCACCGGCAAAGUGAAGUCCUACAUCACUCACUCAAGACAGGAAAGUGAGCCGAACCAUUUUAUCCAGGCUGUUGAAUGGUUUUCCAGUUCUGAGCUAUUGGCUGCAGUAGUUGAUUCUAUGGCUGAGUUACAGGAUGUUAUCACUAAAUCAAAACCAAAUCAUCAUCUUUCAAGCUGUUCAAUGGAAAAUGCAGCCAAGAUUUCCUUUUCAAAACUCAUGGACAGACUAAGUGUGGAAAUGGAAAAUAUUCCAUUAUGGUGUAAUAGACACUUUGGAAAUGGGAACAAAAAAUCAUUAGUCCAAAUACUGGGUGAUGGACUAUGUAAAGCCAAUGCCAAAGCAGGGAAAGAAGGACUACAGGUUACAAUGCCUAUAAAGCAAUGUGUAGAAGCAUUGAAGAAACAGAUCCUUGAAUUUACUCAGAGGUUACAUGCAGCAGAAGUUGAACGUCGCUCAUUGCGUUUGGAGCUUACACAACUCAAAAACUGCAUGAAUGAACUGAAAAGAGAAAGUGGGAAGACCCACACCCUUGAAAAGCAGCUAAGUGACCUCAAGCAGUCUAUGAAGACCCAGAAGAUGGUUCCAUUUGAGAGAUUUGGGAGUAUUUGUGAAGAGCUAAAUAAUGCCUUGCUCAGAGAACAGCAGGCCCAACUGCUAUUAAAUGAACAAGCACAUCAGAUGCAAGAAUUGGGAUUACAACUGGAACUACAUUCCAAUGAAGAAGCAGAAAAGGAUCAGACCCUAUCUGAGGCUGUAAAGAGUCUCUCAGAAGCAAACAUGGAGCUAAGAAGAAAAGAUCAAUCUUUACAUCAGCUGAACAAAAAUCUAGCCCAGCUGGAGCAGGACAAACGUCAACUUGAGGAGAACAUCCAUGAUGCAGAAAAUGCCCUCUGCAAGGCAGCAAAAGACAGAGAAAACUUGAUUAGAUACAUGAGAGGUGUGGAUGAUACCUUGAAGCAGGUCAGAGAUCAGAUCUCACUGUCAUGGUCUGUGACAGCAAAAAAUGACUUCACCCUGCAACUACCCAAAUUGCAGCUGGAGACCUUCGAAGCAAAGGGGCUGAAGGAUGGACUCGAGGUUGCUUCAUUCCAGAAUUUAACCCAGACUUUCAUGGACAUUUACCAGCUGGCUAGCUCCAGGGUUACUGCUCUGGAAACAGAAAUCACUUCACAUCAAAAACACAUUGCAGCUCUCAAAUCAGAACUUCAGACUGCGUGCCUGCGUGAAAAUAAUGGCUUAGUUCCAUCCAUCAGAACCCAUUUAGAUCAACCAUACACCUGCCAUUCUCAAAUGGUCUUAUCACAAGAGAAGAGGAACAGCCAGGAAUUUGCCCCCUUGCAGCCAGAAAUGGAGAAUUCAUGCAGUUUUCUGAGAGACACCCCACGGAAAAACAGACCACUUUCCUACUCUUCAUCCUCUCUCCGUGUUAGUCACUCUACUGGAUCCUUGAAAACAGAACAUGAUGGUUUCCAUAGUACAUUUAGAUUACAAUUGUAAAGUCUAUUUUUUUUGCAGUUGGCUGAAUUAAGUAAACAUCACCUCUUUUGAAAUGAGGGCAAUUAUAAGCAACCUUGUAUUAAUGUGUUAGAAUAAUUGAUUGAAAACCUUUUUUGAGCUUCUAUGUAUGGUUAAACAGAUCAUCUCUUACUUAUUUAUGUUUAAUUUUCAUUUUAUUAUCGAAUAGCUGUAUUUUAAAUGCAAAAGAGUGACACGUUUUAAGUAAUUUUGCAUAGGCUUGAAAUCAAUAAGCCAUUUCAGUCUCUAUCUAUCAAAGGUUUUUAUACAUGUCUGUUUCAAAGUAGGAUGCAGCACUUUAAUAGGAUCACUAAAGCUAUUUGAAAUGUAUACCAAUGAUUCCUGUCAUUUCAUGGCAGCCCUGCCAUGGUUCACUGAGCCCCCUCUUCUCUCUUGUCAACUGAACUGAAGACAAGCAUUUAGUUGCAAACUUUAAACAGGUUGUGCAGAGCAGAAAUGAUGUGACUGGUUUUUCUCAGCACAAUAAUGUCACUCCUGGUCAAUGUGAGAAGGUCAGAUUGCCUCUCACCGAGCUACAUGAUGAUAGCAUUGCCUAGUUGAAUGUACGGAGUUAACUGUUGGAUCUGGUCCCUACAGACCCUCAAUCUCAUCCCUUUAUCAGUUAUUGUCUGAUAAGGAAAGGUGAAACAACUGUACAGAGAGGAAUGGAGAUGACAUGUUUAUGUACUGUGCAAGGUCAGUUCCUGAAUGAGUGUCACUGUUACAACUAAUCCAUUUAAUAUGUUCGCAGACUUUUUGAAGUAAUUGCUACUUUGGCCUUUGUACACAGAGAAACUGGCUCAGUAGCCUGGAACCAUUGCAGUUAAGAUAAUCACACUGACCCCGAGUCAUGCACCAGAUGCUGACUGGCACCGCAGAACUCCGAUUCUGAAUUUAGACACUUCAGUACCAGAUGUGGAGUGUUAUAACAGAGUAAAACCAUGUCACUGGGUUCACCUUGUUUCAUAACAAGCAUGUACAGAUUGCCAUUCAUUUUUAUUGAAGUGAUAGAGUAUACCUCUUAAUUUUCAACCUAUCCACGUACCACAUCUGAUAGGGAAUAUAUUGAAGCAUCAAACCAGAAAUGGGAGCAAACCUAAAUAUUGGAAGAUUAAAUAAAGAAGAAAAACAUAGAAACAAGAAUUUUCAAAUCUCAUAGUCAAUUAACCCCUACUCCACACAACCCGUCUUCCCCACCCCCAUCAAAAAAAAACACAGGCACCGUAUUGGAACCGUAGCUUUUGCCCUGCAUUUUCUGCUUUGUAACACACACAAGUAAAAGGCUCAUGUCAGGCCAAGAUGUCAGGGAGUUGACACGAAGCCCCUGUGACAUUUCAGCUCGAAAGAGCAAGUGUCUUGCAACCAACUGGUCAAAUAUCAAAUAAUAGGUCAGGCAGGAAGGAGCUGAGUGCUAACCACAAGGCAGGUUCUGGCAACAUCUUUGACAAGCCUUUAGGUGUUUGCAAUUUAUGAAGUGAUAUUCAUUUGGUCAUCAGUAUAUAGUCCCUUGUGUAAUGGGUUACUGUUAUUGGUUAAUGUCUUUAACCCCUUGGUUGCAAGCAUUACUUUGUCUGGACCUCUAUGAAGAAUUUGUAAGAUUUUUUUUGAAAACUUAUUUAAACAGUUGAGUCAUAUUGUGCUCUUAUACACAGUCACUGAGAGCACCAUGAAAUUAAAUCGGUUUUUGAUUUUUGGAACAAUUUUUUUUUUAUCAAUGUCUUCUCGUUGAUACAAUACAAUAUUCCUUAUUAAAUUAUUGAAAUAUUGUGAGAAGUGUUUUAUGCAAAAUAUUUUCUUGUAGUUUAAAACAUGUUUGAUCAUCAAACAAAAGAGUGGCUGUGCAGUAAAACAGGUAAAAUGAUGUACAAUUUUCCCCUCCCUGGAGAUGAAAACAAGGGGAAAUAAUUGCACAAGUUGACCCUGGAACGAUACUUGUCCGCUUUAUGAGUUAAGUCCUGGGCAAAAUGGUUCAUUAGGGAUUUUCUCAACUCGUCAGCAAUUCGUCUCCUAAAGUGAUCAAUUAGUAGUCUUUUAAGGGCCUCAAUAUGCCACCUCCCUGAUUAUCUAUAUCUAGCAAGGGAGAAAGCCAAGUUGGGGACUCCAUUUGCCCUAAUCUGGGUUGAAAGGAGGCACAGAUGAAGGACAAGUGUGUGACUCAGGAUGUCAGUCCCAUCCUUACCUCUGACUCCAACCCUGUGAAAAGCAAAGGAGAAAGAGGUACCUUUGCACAAUUAGAUCCUCUGAGGAGUAGAACUUGACUAAUUUUUUUUAGGAACCAGAAGAUGCAGAUCUAUGAUUGGCCAAUUGUUUCUGGCCAGCCAGAGACCACUGUUGAGGCUUAUGAAUUAACAAAUGGGCCAAUUCAGUAUUACUUUAAGUUUGCAUUUUGGUUCAAUAUCCAGGUCUAGCAAGUAGAAAUUAACAAUAAAAUAAAUGGUAUUUCCUGUUUUCCAAACUAAAUCAUAGACUAGUAAAUAAUCAUUUUGAAACCUGUUUAUCUACUGGAUUUCUAAUUAUUGUAUUAAAAUCUAAAAAAAAUCCCCUCCAGUUGCUUUUGAUUUAAUUUAUAGAA